AUGACUGUAACUACAGAGGUAAAACACAAUGUAUUUUCUAAUGAUAUUAUUUUGAAAGAAAUUAGAAGUGCACUGAUGCCAAAACAACAAUUUAAAUCUAUUUCCCAGGAUUUUAGAAAGGAGUUAACUCAAAUGCUAAAUAAGUCAUCUGAUUCCAUGUUACCCUCGAGCUUAAAUAUUUUAAGAUUGUACAAGGACAACAAUGACCUAUUACAUCCUUAUAAUCACAACAAGAUUCUAGCAAUAGAUUUUGGCGGCACAACCUUGAAGAUUGCUGUUAUCAAGACAUACCCAACGUUAUGUAUAGAUUAUCUACACACUUUGAAUAUCCAGGAAAGGUAUGUUGAUUCUCUGUUCUUUGAAAAAAUUAUUCAAGCUAUGAUCGACGAAAUGAAGGAUAAAUUUUUUGAUUUCUUUUAUGAUAACGAUCUUAUUGAUAAUAAGAUUUUAAAUAUACCUGUCUCGAUUACUUUUAGUUUCCCCUUAAAUUCGAAAUUUGAAAUUACUUCAAUGGGGAAAGGUUAUACCUUAAGUGAUGAAAUUAAAAAUAUUAAUUUUUUAACAUUUCUUCAAAAGACAUUCAAUAAAGUUUGUUCACAAAAUAGUAUUAAAGAUACUUUUGCCUUUACUAUUAAAGAUAAUUUAAUUAUUAAUGACUCCAUUGCAGUGCAUCUAACAAACACUUACAUUAAACAAUUCCCUACUGUUACAUUUUUCACAGAUUCAUACCCUUCUAUCCCUGCAUCUUCAUCUAGCACACUUGCUAACUCGCAUGGUAAUUCCAUAUCUUUUAUCUUGGGUACGGGGACAAAUUCCAGUUUUGAAUUACCAUUUAAAAGAUUACCAGAAUUUAAACGUCUUGAGUUAAUGAAGACUAAAAAUAAUGCACCAUUUGAAGAUGAUACUACAGUGGUAAUAAAUGCAGAGAUGGGGUUCUUAGGAGAAAGUUGUAUUACAUUGACCCAGUUUGAUUACCUUCCACCUGGAAGUGCUAAACCAAUGCCAUUGGAAUAUAUUUCAUCAGGUAGAUAUAUUCCUUCCAUUUUAAUAAAUAUUCUUAACAAAUACCCUGCUUUAGAACCAACGUUGGCUGGAAUGACUGAGUUAGAUAAGAUAAUCGAUGGUGCUGUUUUUGGAAAAUUAGCCAACAUUCAAGAUAAUUUUGAUUUGGAUGAAUUAACAUCUCAAUUACAAAACAAACAUGGAAUUAAGACACCUUUACAUUUAUUACCUUUAUCAAGAGUUGCCAAGAUAAUCGUUCAAAGAGCAUCGAUUUACUUAGUCGCAGCACUUCUUGAGAUUGACUCAUUAGUGAGUGAGCAUAAAGUAAGUCCUUACCAUAAGAUCAGUAUCGGUUACGUCGGAUCAACAUUGGCUUACUCGAAGUAUUAUCAAGACCAAAUAGAAAAAGUAUCGAAUGGAAGAAUUAAUCUCGUUUUGCUCCAAGAUAGUAGUUUAUUUGGUGCAGCAAUUUCCACAUUAUUAUAG